AUGUCCCACGAGACUCUCAUACAAGACAAGACGGUAGAUUCAUAUAUUGGUAAACUUCGAUCCAUUUUCCAUGACUUUGGAAGAGAUGGCGAAUGGGACCUGCGACUCUGCUUGGGUAACCCCGCAGCGGACAGAUCCAUAAAAGAAUACUUACGAGUUUUUACAAUGGAACAGUUGAAAGCUCGUGUCCAACCAAAACAAGCAAGUCCCUUCCUGAUUGGCAACCUGGACUGCCUUACUAGUCAUAUAGAGGACCAAAUGAAAUUGCCAAACCUGAGUACAACACAGCGAUUCGUGAUGGCACAAGAUCAAGCCUACUUUAAGGCAGUCUUCUUUAGCGGUGAUAGGCCUGGUGACAUGGGGCAAGUGAAAGUGCCAGAGAUUCUGAGAUUUCCAAACAACAAUGGAUUUCUCUUUAACCAUACAUGGGGUAAGACACUUGGAGAUGGGAGCUCGAUUGUAUUUGGCAUUAGACGUAAUCCGCAGACUAACAUUUGCCUGGUUCGUGGAAUUGAACAAUACAUUACGAUUGCGGAACAAUUAAAAAUUGACUUAAGACAAGGAUAUCUCUUUCGCCCGACUAACCCCCAAGGUGCUAUCAUCAAUGCCCCCUUCACCUUGUCAACAGCAGAAGCUCGACUCAAAAAGAAUAUGGGCUGCGACCAUGGCGCAACCCUUCACGGCUUCAGGGCUGGGUGCACAAUCACAUUAGCAUUGUCGGGGGUGGAACUUUCUGAUGUAAUGGACCAUGUCGGCUGGACCCAACGGCACACCGCAGUCUAUUACUUGCAAUUGGCUAAAGUCCUUAAUCCUGGGGGAGCUUCCUCCCUUCUUACCCAAGCUGACCUGACAUCAGUUACACAAGAAUGGGAAAAUGCGAAUGACUUGAGACGAUUCAUUUCAGCGUUCCCCAGUGCACCCUUACAGAAACGUCCAAAUGACACAUGCUAA